CCAGUGCUGGUUGGAAAAGAGGAGGAAGCGGUGAGGAUGGCGGAGUCAUACCUCUGAAGGAACAGCUUGGAUGCUGUAGUAAAGAUGAGUCCGCGCCCUCUUUGGCGUCAUUGCCUCUUGCGCCAAGAUGUCGCUUGCUUCCGUGGCUCUUAGUGGGGGAUUAUAAAGACUUUGCUGACCCUUUGAGCCUGAAAGAAUUCCACAAGUUUUACCUAAAAGUCCCCAUGAUUGUAUGCAGCUUCAACGCUUAAGAAUGUAUUCCACGGAUGCCACAGUCCAGAUUCUUCAACAGAUUUUUUACUCACUGGCAUUUUAACCAAAAACAUUUUUAAAGUAUUGCAAAAAAACUUCUUUUCCCAAGGCAAAUCACAAGUGUGCGUGGUCCUGCACAGUGAUGUUUUCUUUAAAAGCCCGCUCAACUGUCCUCAUCCCUUUUUCCCUAAAUAAGUAACCCGACAAAAACCUCAUGAGCAACUCUGUAGGACACCCGAUAACGUCGACAUGAGUAGUACUUUAGGCAAAGAAAAAGAUUCAAAAGAAAAGGACCCUAAAAGUGGUUCGGGAGGCAAAGAAAGGGAAAAGGAGGCUAAGGCUCUGGCAGGUCUAGUUAAGGAUGGGGGCAAAGAAACCAAGACCAAAGGGAAAGAAACCAAAGAAGGUAAGAAGGACACGAGCAGCUCGACACCGGGUGUUGCCUUCUCAGUUGACAAUACCAUAAAGCGGCCAAACCCAGCACCAGGUACACGCAAGAAAUCCAGCAAUGCCGAGGUGAUUAAGGAGCUUAACAAGUGCCGGGAGGAAAAUUCCAUGAGACUGGAUCUCUCAAAACGGUCUAUUCACAUGUUGCCCACCUCCAUCAAGGAGCUGACACAGCUGGCUGAACUCUACCUAUACAGCAACAAACUGCAGAGCCUACCACCCGAAGUGGGUUGCCUCUCAGGCCUGCUCACGUUGGCCUUGAGCGAGAACUCCUUGACCAGUUUGCCCGACUCACUGGACUCCCUUAAGAAGCUCCGCAUGCUUGAUCUCCGGCACAACAAGCUGAGGGAGAUCCCGCCCGUCGUCUACCGACUGACAUCGCUGGCCACACUCUACCUGCGCUUCAACCGCAUCACCACAGUGGAGAAAGACAUCCGGAACCUUUCCAAGCUCACAAUGCUCAGCAUCCGGGAGAACAAGAUCAAGCAGCUUCCCGCAGAAAUAGGGGAACUUCGCAUCCUCAUUACUUUGGAUGUCGCCCAUAAUCAGUUGGAGCACUUACCAAAGGAGAUUGGGAAUUGCACACAAAUUACCAACUUAGAUUUGCAGCACAAUGAGCUCUUAGACCUCCCGGAGACUAUAGGAAACCUUGCCAGCAUAAACCGUUUGGGUCUUAGAUACAACAGAUUGUCAGCCAUCCCCAGAUCAUUAGCCAAAUGUCGAGAACUGGAAGAGCUAAAUCUUGAAAACAAUAACAUUUCAGUGUUACCAGAGGGUCUCCUGUCAAGUUUGGUCAACCUGACCAGCCUGACGCUAGCAAGGAACUGCUUCCAGUCAUACCCUGUGGGUGGGCCAUCCCAGUUCUCAACCAUCUACUCGCUCAACAUGGAGCACAACCGCAUUAACAAGAUCCCUUUUGGAAUCUUCAUCAGGGCCAAAGUUUUAAGCAAGCUUAACAUGAAGGACAACCAGCUAAAUUCUUUGCCGUUGGACUUUGGCACAUGGACCAGCAUGGUGGAGCUUAACUUAGCCACCAAUCAGCUGACAAAGAUAUCAGAGGAUGUCUGCGGUCUGGUGUCUCUCGAGGUGUUAAUUUUGUCCAAUAACCUUCUGAAGAAGUUACCGCAUGGUAUCGGCAAUUUGAGAAAGCUUCGGGAGCUUGACUUGGAGGAAAACAAGUUGGAAUGUCUCCCCAAUGAAAUAGCAUAUCUCAAGGAUUUACAGAAGUUGGUGUUGACAAAUAACCAGCUGACAACAUUACCCAGAGGCAUCGGCCACCUCACCAACCUGACUCAUCUGGGCUUGGGGGAGAACCUGCUGCAACAUCUCCCCGAGGAGAUUGGCACACUGGAGAACCUGGAGGAAUUGUACCUCAACGACAACCCCAACCUGCACAGCCUGCCCUUUGAGCUGGCCCUGUGCAGCAAGCUGUCCAUUAUGAGCAUUGAAAACUGUCCCCUCAGCCACCUGCCGCCCCAGAUUGUGGCCGGGGGGCCUUCCUUCAUCAUCCAGUUCCUCAAGAUGCAGGGACCAUACCGUGCCAUGGUCUGAGGACAGAGCCCAAACUCAUGCCUGCCUGCCCACCCCAUUCCGUGUAUCAUACACUGUAAAAGAAGUCAGCCGCACCCCAGCAUCAGUGUCGGGGACAAAGCGGAGGAGAUGGACGCAGAAGAGACUUUCUCUCACCAUCUAUGGGCAGACAAAAGGAGACACAUGGGAGACUCUGAUUUGCUCCACUUAAUUCAAGUCAUUCUUGGACCCCGUCACUCACGCGCAUCUUCCCAUUCCGAAUCGUACAGGAGGAAAAUAUUCCCAUCUCUUUGCCAAAACUGAAGAUACAGUACAUGAAUUUCUAUAUUGAGUAACUGUGAGCUAAGUGGCAAGUCUUUUAAUCAUAUAAAGCGUGCUCCCAUUGCCAAUGUAUUUACAGUAAUUCCAAGCAUCUUCUAUGUGAGCGAGGAUGCGGCUAUAUGCAAAUACAAACAAAACAAGUCUUUGGAUCGUCACAUUUACUGCUGCUGCCAUAAGUUAAAGGUGUCCUAUUUCUUUUGAUAUUUUCACUUUCGACAUCAACCUCGCUCUCUUGAGAUGAUUACUUGUGUUACUUCUUGACCACAGAGAACAAAGGUCUAAUGAUGGUGUGUUUAUACUUUUUUUUAUGUACUUACUUUCUCUUGUUUUGUUUGUUUGUUUUUUUUUUUUUAAACUGUGCCUAUGUUUAGAGUGAUCCAGUGGUUCAUUUCUAAACACUAUUGUCCAUGAGAAUACAAAGAUGUAAAUUAUUUCAAAAAUUUUCUUUUUAUUACUGCUGUUUUUACUUUUGUGUAGCUGUUGGAUGAAUCGAUUGCAGCGUUAUCAUCAAUUAUGAAAUAGGGCAGUUGGAGUUGUUUUUUUUUUUUAAUGUUAUUUUAAGAAAUAGCAGCAGUAGUUGUCAAAUGUAUAGCUAGUAAUGUAUACAUAUGAUAAAUACCAAUCAAAAAAGCAAGUUGGACUUUUUUUUUCACUGUGGGUGGUGCUGUGUGACUCCACCCCCAUCUGUUGUUGUGUGAUAAAAAGAAACAGGUGAUGGGAAAAAUGAUGGGAGAUGUUUUUAUAUAAUGUAUACAAAUUCUGAUUGUUGCCUUGAGUGCAAUUUUAGUUUUGUUUACUUGUUUGAUAUUCUCUUCAGUGUUGGGCUGCAUAGCUGUCAUCCACUCAAUCAUUGACCAACAUAUCAAACAUUUUUAAAGGACUUCACUUGGCGAGUGCAUCAGAGCCUCAAAAAAAAAAAAUUUGAUAAUAAAACAUUGGCAGGUUAUCCCUUGACAUAUUUUUUAUAUUAUCCUUAAUUUGUGUCAUUAAAAAAAAAGUUCCCGUCUAAUUUAAUUUGUUUUUAAUAUGAUAUUUUGUCCCACACUGUCCCAGUAAUGCUGCUGCUCUUAUGCACUUUUUUGGAAUAAAAACAUUGGCAUCCUCUGUUUAACACAAAACACAGUAGCCUCUCAUCGGUUAUUUUUCAAUGGGGGCAUUUUCUUUCAUUAAGAAGUAAUUGAUCUGUAAGUUUAUCUUGUAAGUUUGCAUCACCUGGAAAGAAUUGAGUUUUGCAGGCUUAGAGUAAGAAUUGACUUUCUUUUGAGGAGGUUUUAUCCUGUCAAUGUUAAAAGGAACUUACUCUUGUGAACAGUAAAAGUUUGCAUAUCCUGCUUCUUUCUUCAUGGCAAGUGAAAUGACUUGUUCUGCUCAGCGUUUUUGUUUUUUAUCAUUGAAUGUUUUUUUUUCUAAAUGUGUAUUCACUUAGUAUUAUUUCAAGUGACUGUACAUUAAAAAAUGCCAACAAUGGAAA